AAUUGGGGGGACCAUGAGAGAGAGAGAGAGAGAGAGAGAGAGGAGCUCGUUUUUCCGACGAUUUUAUCCAAUUCGCGUUCCCGCGCUUCUCUAUAUGUAAACUCGCCACUCCCUCCCUCUCUCUCUCAUCUCAAUAACAGACUUAGAUUCGAUCCCUAAUUCCAAGGGCGACAAUGGAGGUGGCGAAUCGGAAGAAUGAUACAGAGGAAGCUUUUGCCCAUGGUGACAUUCUUGAAUCCAUAUUGUCCCGCGUGCCUCUCAUCCACCUCCUCCCUGCCUGCUCCGUCUCCAGAUCCUGGAACCGCGCCGUCUUCUUCUCCCUUCGCCGCCGAAGGAUCAAGCCUUGGCUCUUGCUCUAUCCCUACAUCAGGACUCCGCCGCACGCCGCCGUGGCGCUCGCUUACGAUCCCCGCUCCAACGUCUGGAUCCAUAUCAGAACAGCUCCUCCCCUUGACAAGGUGUCCGCCGUCCGAUCCUCUCACUCCACGCUCCUCUACGCGCUAUCGCCGUCGGGAUUCUCCUUCUCCGUCGACCCGCUCCAUCUGGCGUGGCGCCACGUGGUCGGCCCGCGCUUCUGGAGGAUCGUCCCAAUUGUGGCCGUCGUCGGCCGCUUCAUCGUUGUUGCCGGCGGCGUCUGCGACUUCGAGGACGACGUCUUGGCCGUCGAGUUGCUCGACACCGACACCGACGUAUGGGAGACGUGCGAGUCCAUGCCGGAGAUGCUCAAGGACUCCGCCGCAUCAUUGUGGCUAUCCGUCGCGGCGAGUACCGAUAAGAUGUACCUGACGGAGAAGAGAUCGGGAAUGGCGUAUUCCUUCGAUCCUAAAACCCGAUCGUGGACAGAGCUCUCCGAUCUCCGUCCUGUCAGAGAAGAUGGUCGCUGCGACGUGUACUUGCGCGUGAUCGGAUUCGCCGGAGACCGUCUAAUAAUGGCUGGGAUCACCGGAGAAGAAGAGAAUCCGACGGGGAUCGAGCUGUGGGAAGUGGCCGAUGAGCUUAGGGGGGUAUUCAAAUCGAUCGGAUCCAUGCCCAAGGAGUGUUUGGAUAAACUCAGAGGAGAGGAUCAUUCGAGUUCACCGCUAACGUCAAUCGCGUUGAACGUGGCGGGGGAGAUGGUCUACAUUCAUAGCAAUAAUCAGACAGCGGAAGCUGGAGAAUUUGUAGCGGCGGAGAUGGCAGAGGGAAAGCUCUGCAACUGGACGACCUUUUGUAACGCUAACGCGGUGGGAAAGCGUUUCGUAGCCGCAUGCUCCGACGUGAGAUUCCGCGAUUUGAGACGCGCGUUGAGUGAGAACUGCGUUUUCUCUCUUGUCCCCUAACCUAUAAGGGCUAAAACGUAAUUGUGUUACUCUUAGUUCUAAUUGCCCCUAUAAUUUUCCCAAGUUUCGGUUUUCCCCCUGUGUGGGCUUUGAAAUUUGUACCAACGCGUGAUAA